CUUCCUCCCAAAUGUGGACGACACACCAUCGAACCGGCCAUGGUGCCGGUGGCCGCCGCCGUUGUUCCACGGCUCAGCUACUCCUAGCCGCCGCCAUCGUACUGAUGCUCAACGUACUGACAGUGCACAGUUUAAUACACUCACCGCCGCGCAUCAUCAAGCAACCGCCACCGGAUGAGAUGCUGUUUCAGGUUGCCCAGCAGGGCGAAAGUGACAAACCCUUCCUGAUCGAGUGCGAAGCGGAAGGUGAACCGACACCCAAAUAUCGCUGGAUCAAGAACGGUAAAAAGUUCGAAUGGCAAACGUACGACGACCGGAUGUCGCAACAACCGGGGCGUGGUACGCUCGUCAUUACGUCACCGCGCGACGAAGAUCUUGGACAGUAUCAAUGUUUCGCCGAAAACGAGCACGGUACCGCAACGUCCAACUCGGUGUUUGUGCGCAAGGCUGAGCUGAACUCGUUCAAGGACGGUUCGCCCCAGACGGUCCAGGCGGACGAGGGUAAACCGUUCAAGCUCGUGUGCCAACCACCGGACGGUUGGCCAAAGCCGAACGUGUACUGGAUGAUCCAGAACAUGGAUGGCGGUAUCCGGAGCAUUAACAAUUCUCGCAUGACACUCGACCCGGAAGGUAAUCUGUGGUUUUCGAACGUUACACGUGACGACGAGUCAAACGAUUUCUUUUACGCGUGUGCCGCUUCGUCCGUGUUUCGAAGCGAGUACAAAAUCGGUAACCGGGUGUUGCUGCAGGUACGCCAGACCGGUAUUUCGGCGGCACAGAACCGGCACGCACCGCAGCGCCAGUACGUUUCGCGUAAGAACGAGGUCGCACUGAAGGGCAAACAGAUCGAGCUGUUCUGUAUCUACGGUGGUACACCGCUGCCCGAGACGGUGUGGACGAAGAAUGGGCGCGCGAUCAUCUGGAACGACAAGAUCCAGCAGGAUAACUACGGCAAGUCACUCAAGAUACGGCGUGUCUCGUCGGAGGACGCGGGUGCGUACACGUGCGAGGUAUCGAACGGUGUCGGCAAUGCGGACUCGUACUCGAUCAAUCUGGCGGUAAAUGCGAUACCGUACUUCACAGUCGAGCCGGAAAGUGUAAAUGCGGCCGAGGGUGAAUUUGCCGAAUUUAAGUGCGAGGCAGCCGGUAAUCCGAAGCCCAACAUUAUGUGGAUCCACAAUGGUAAGCCGAUCGAUGUGAGCUACGCUAAUGCGCGCCGCAUCAUCCGUACGAACAGUAUUUACAUCAGCAAGCUGCAGAAGAGCGACACCGGUAACUACGGUUGUAACGCAACCAACUCGCUCGGCUACGUGUACAAGGAUGUGUAUCUGAACGUGUUGGCACUGGCACCUGAGAUAACGGAUCCGCCGAAGCGUGAGUUUACCGUCGACCAACGGAACGUGACGAUGACGUGCCGAGUGUUCGGUGCCCCGAAACCGGAAGUCAAGUGGUUGAGAAACGAUCGGGAACUAACGGGCGGACGGUACCAGACGAUGUCCAGCGGUGAUCUUUUCAUACGGGACGUAAAGUUUGACGAUGCGGGCGAGUACAAGUGUUACGCGUUCAAUACGCUCGGCAGCAAGACGGCAUCGGGCGAGCUGAUCGUGAAGGAGCGCACGGUGAUCAAUGAUCCGCCGCAGGAUUACGAAGCGGAGGCUGGCACAACGGUCACAUUCCGCUGUAACGCCAUCGCCGACUCGUCGCUCGAGCUGACGAUCGAGUGGCUUACGAAGGGUGAGAUAAUUGAUUUUGAAAAUCAACCACGCUUCAUCCGAACUUCCGACAACUCGCUGAUGAUUUCGAAAACGAUUGAGCUGGACACGGGUACCUACACCUGUUUGGCACGUACCGAUCUGGAUGAAGUGAUGGCAAACGCAACGCUUACGGUAAUGGACCGACCGAAUCCACCCACCCUGACCAGUGUGACGUGUAAGGGUAAGGUGGCGAAAAUCGAAUGGGUAUCAAAUGGAGAUAAUCGUUCCCCUAUCCUGAACUAUAUCAUUGAGUACAACACGAGCUUCACACCCGACACGUACGAUGUCCUGUCGGACGAGGUACCCGGUACGGACUUUGCCUGGGUAGUGAACACGACGCCUUGGAACAACUACACCUACCGGGUGAUUGCGGUGAACAAGAUCGGUCGCUCGCUACCAUCCGGCCACAGUGAGGUGUGCAGCACGCCCACCAGCGUACCGUACAAGAAUCCCGACAAUCUCGAGGGCGAAGGUACGACGCCGAACAAUCUCGUCAUAAAAUGGCGCCCGUUAGCGCAGGUGGAUCAUAAUGCGCCUGGCUUACAGUAUCGAGUGUACUGGCGUAGGGACAUACCGAGCGGGACCUGGAAUUCGGCGGACGUGCGAGAUUGGCGGCAAUCCAGCUAUACGGUGGAGGGAUUGCCGACGUUUACACGCUACCGGGUAAAGGUGGUGGCGUUGAAUGAGCGCGGAGAAGCUAAUUCCGGUCCGUGGGAAAUUGAAGCGUACACCGGUGAGGACACACCGCUGGAUGCACCGACCAAUUUUACGCUGAUCCAGGUGACGGGUCCGACAACAGCCAUCCUUAGCUGGAAUCCGGUUGAUCCGAGCUCGCUGCGUGGUCACUUCAAGGGGUACAAGAUUCAAACGUGGACUGAAGCGGAUGGGGAGGAGAAUCUGCGCGAAAUACUUGUAACGGCCGAUUCGAAGCAAGCGCUGGUGACGGAUUUCAUCCCGGAUGCGACCAAUUACGCUCGAAUUCUUGCUUACAACGGUCGGUACAAUGGACCGGCAAGCACGACGUUGUCGUUCGAUACGCCGGAAGGUGUGCCGAAUACAAUCCAGGCGCUGGAAGCGUUCCCGCUCGGUUCGUCCGCUUUCUUGCUGCGGUGGAAGAAACCGCUGCAACCGAAUGGUAAGCUGACCGGGUACCGGAUCUACUACGAGGAGGUUAAGGGUACGACGGUUGGACCUCGCAUGGAGCGUGAACCGCACAUCUCCGAUCCGGCAGUGCUGGAGGCGAAAUUGGCACGCUUGAAGCCGGCUUCCAAGUAUCGGAUCCACGUGGUUGCUACAACCAAGGCUGGCGAAGGUCAAGACCUUUACAUCGAACGUGCAACAUCGUCUGGGCUGGGUAUGCCACCGGAUGUGCCCAACUUCUACUGGGAAAAUUUACCCUCGGAUAAUGGACUGGCCAAUAUUAAGGUUGUGUGGCAACCGUCUCUCGGCGGUAAACCCGGAUCUCAUUUCUAUGUGAAGUAUCGCGUCAAAGAUGAAUCGAGCUGGCAAACGACUGAUCCCGAGCUGUACGAAAACUACCUGAUCGUGCACGGCAUCAAUCCGGACCAUCUGUAUGAGUUCCGGGUCGUAUCUGUUGAUGGCGAAUAUCAGACGGAAUCGGGCACACAGGAAGUCGACACCUACGGUAUCCAAAGCUCAGUAAAGGUUCCGGGUGAUAAUAUUGCGACGGCCGGCUGGUUUAUCGGUAUGAUGCUUGCGAUUGCCUUCCUGAUACUGGUCCUGAUCAUCAUUUGCAUCGUGAAGCGUAACCGUGGCGGCAAGUAUGAUGUGCACGAUCGCGAACUGGCGAAUGGCCGCAACGACUACACCGAAGAGGGCGGAUUCCCGGAGUACUCGCAACCUGUUUUACGUGAUUACAGUUUGGACAAUAAAAGCCAGGGCCGACAAUCGCUGAACUCGCAAAAAGUAGGACCGGAAAGUGAUACAGAUUCCAUGGCGGAAUACGGUGAAGGUGAUACAGGUGGUCAAUUUACGGAAGAUGGCUCCUUUAUUGGACAGUACGUACCGGGCAAACCACCAGUUAGUGCACAGUCGACACCGCAGAAUCCAUCGCUACAGGGCGCUAAUGCUGGCAUGGCAACGUACGUCUAA